UGCCCUAACAAAAUAACCCAAGUAAAAUUUCAUUUCAGACAAAAAAAAAGCUUAGAACUAAAAGUGCGUUUUGUGUGAGCGUGAAGAAGCUUGAACAAUCGGUGACAAAGUACAACACUUUCUCACCAAAAUUCCAAACACUUUCUCAACAAAUUCAUCAUUUCAUCAUUUUUCUUCAACGAUCUUAAUUCCUUCAAUUAGUUUCACCAGAAUUUGCAUUGAACUUCAGAAACUUGCUGUGAUUUCUAGAAGCUUGGAGGUUUUGAAGUUAUUUUGAUUUGGGGUUUUAUUUUCAAGGACGGAUCACUUGCCGAAGCGGUAUGUGAACUCAAACUAUCCAUAAACUGGUCUAUAUAGAAAAUAGACGUGAACACGAAGGCAGGUGAGUGAAAUGGAGUGCAAUAAGGAUGAGGCCACCAGAGCUAAAGAAAUCGCUGAGAAGAAGUUUAAAGCAAAGGACUUUUUGGGAGCAAAGAAGUUUGCUUUGAAAGCGCAUAAUUUAUUUCCUUCCCUUGAGGGUAUUCCUCAGAUGAUAGCUACACUCGACGUGUAUAUUUCUGCUGAGAACAAAGUAAAAGGAGAAGUAGAUUGGUAUGGUAUACUCGGUGCAAACCCCCAUGCUGAUGAGGAUACAGUCAGGAAGCAUUACAGGAAACUAGCUCUCAUGCUUCACCCUGACAAGAACAAGUCCAGCGGAUCCGAUGGGGCGUUUGGGCUUAUUUCAGAGGCAUGGAGUAUACUGUCCGAUAAGGAUAAAAGAGCAGCCUAUGAUGCGAAGAUAAAAGCAAAACCACAGAAAGGUUCAACCAUUUUUGGUGGUUCAUCGACAAAAGCGACGGCAAACGGGGCUAACAACAGUAAAAAGAAAACGCCUUCAAGCGGAAAGAGUCAUAAGAAUAUGGCUAAAGAACCCACUUCAUCCUCUGCCAAUGCAUCAAAAUCCACAUUUUGGACUACUUGCCAUCGAUGUCAUAUGCAGUAUGAGUAUCUUGUGAAGUAUCUUAACCUUAAACUCGUCUGUCCUAACUGUCAUGAUGCAUUUGUAGCUGUAGAAACUAAUCCGCCUCCCAAAAGUGGUAUUAGACCUGGAACUUCGUGGAAUUUUAAGCAAAAGGCCGAUAACCAAGGACCUAAUAAGGGCAAAUUUAAUGCCGGAAAGAACAACAUGGCAGCUCCAAAUGUUGGUGCAGGGUCUAACAAUAACAGUUUCCAAUGGGCUCCAUUCACAAAAACUUCCGGUGUUUCUAAUGUGGCUCAAGCUGCAAAUGUGGUUCAGCAGGCAUAUGGUAAGGUGAAACGAGACCGCGAGGAGGCACAAGCAGCUACCAAAAGGGAAGAAGCUUUAAGAAGGAAGCAGAAUGUUUCGAAAAAAGGUUACUUUAAUCCGGCUAAGAGGAAAAGGGGGGUCAUGGAGGCAAAUGGAGCUUCUGACUUAGGCAAGAAGUUCAACUGUACUAGAGAUCUUUCCCCAGUUGAACUUCAGAAUAUUCUUUUCGAGAAAGCUAGAAAAGAAAUUACCAAGAAACUCAAGGAGUUUCAGUCAAAUACUGUUGGUAAAUCAGUGGGGAAAAAGAGUAGAGACUGCUUUGAGAAAGCAAAUCAGAAAGGAGAAUUUUCCGGCAGAAACUCUGAGAUCUGUGCUCAAAAUAAAAUCGGGAAGUCAGAAGAUGUGGAGAAUAGAUUGCAGGCUUGCAAGUCAGUUGCAGCUCCUACCAUUGAUUACAAUUGCACGGAAAUUUUGGAUGCAAUGCUAGUAGAUGUUCCAGAUCCUGAUUUCGAUGAUGUUUACAAGGAUCGAACUAAAACUUCUUUUGGUGAAAAGCAAGUAUGGGCUGCAUAUGAUGUUGGUGAUGGGAUGCCUCGACGUUAUGCUAUGAUUCACAGAGUGAUCUCUCUAAAUCCAUUCAAGUUGCAGCUCAGCUGGCUCUACCCAAAUACCAACAAUGAACCAGGCCCCUUAAAUUGGGUUGCUUUAGGCUUUCCAAAAACUUGUGGCGAAUUCAGAAUUGGCAGACGCGAAAUCUUUAACUCGAUCCAUUUUUUCUCUCAGAAGGUUAGGUGGAAAAAAGGUAAUGAUGGAGCCAUUUGUAUAUAUCCUCGAAAAGGGGAGGUAUGGGCCGUCUAUAGGAAUUGGUCUCCUGACUGGAACGAGCGAACAUCAGGUGAUGUGAUACACAAGUUUGAUAUGGUUGAAGUACUUGAGGAUUUUGUUGAUGAACGUGGUGUAACUGUUAUUCCUCUGGUCAAGGUGGCUGGGUUCAAGGCAGUAUUUCACCACCACUUAGAUGAGAAAGAGAUCAAGAUCAUUCCAAGGAAGGAGAUGCUUCGAUUCUCUCAUCAGGUACCUUCACACUUACUUGCCGGUGAAGAAGCUCCUAAUGCUCCAAAGGGUUGCAGGGUUCUGGACCCAGCUGCUACUCCAUGUGAACUUCUCGAGGUAAUAAAAGUUGCAGAGGAGGAAAACAUGGUGAACGAUGUGGAUAGUGUUGUAAAGGAAACUAAUCGUGAGGAAAUGAUCGUUGAUACUGGAAAACUUGGGGGAACGAAGGAGGUAAUGAAUGAAGUUGAUACAGGAAAACUUGGGGGAACAAAGGAGGGAAUGAAGAAAGUUAUCCGUAGAAUAACUCCAGAGGAGGACAGAGGGAAGAAGAUAUGCAGAGGCUUGUAGCUAGCCUCUGAUUUCAAUAGCCAGAAUUAAUUUGACAAAAUAGGAUCCAAAAUGAGUUAACACAUUUUGAUUCUUUCUUGGAUAGAUGAGAAGUUCUUAUUUCUUUCUUUAUCCAAUAAUCACCAUUGAAUACAGGUGAGUUUUGUCAAAUUUUUUCUAGCUGUGCAGUGUUACUGUGAACCAAAAAGGGAAGAUUUCAUUCCCAAUCUAACAUUGCAAUUAGUGUUUCAACUCUUGAAGUUGAUUGGUUUAGCCUCCUGUCAUACCAAAAGUUAGUAUUGGGAUGAUGAGACUAUUACCUUCUGCAAAUUGUUCUAUAUUUGAACUUUGUCGGAAGCCGAACUCUGCAAUUUGCAUAAGGGUCUGGGUCUGGCUUUAAAUUUUAUUUUAUUUUACAUUUAUUACUUUAUAGGUUUCUUACUCAAUUUUGGCACUGUAAAUCCAAUUUAGUGGCAUGUUUUCCAAUUGUUGCCCAUGUUUUUGUAAGAAAUUUAGCACAGUUAAUGAUUUAUACCAGUACUUUGACCUUACAAA